AUGUCUUCCACGAGCUUCUACCUUGUCUACACCGGUCGAGUGGAAGUGGUGAAGAAGGAGGUUGGCAACCCAGCUCGCGUCAAUGGAAUCGUUCAUUUAACAUUCUUGGGGCCGGGAGAUACCUUUGGAGAGAGGGCUUUACUUUCGAACACUGAUGUACGCGCAGCGUCUGUGAUUAUAUCAACAACACCAACGGAUCUGGUUUUUAUCAAUCGCGUCGUGUUCAGCGAGCUACUCAAGGAAUCACACGACUCUAGUAACACUAAUACGCUCGAGAUAACCAAACGGUUCCGCAGCAACAAAGACAUCGUGCGCAAUAUUUUCAUGAGAAGCUCUGCUCAGCGAUCCGAGAAGGACCUGAAGUUUGCUGUCGAGUACUUAAAGAGUGUCAAAUUCUUUUCACGAUUCUCUUUUGAAGUCCGAAAGCAGCUUUGUAAGGUGUUGCGCCUCAUUAGUGCUGUCACAAACACAGUACUUUUCGCUGAAGGACAAGUGGGACGCCAUUUCUACAUCAUUUUCUCAGGUUGUGUGGACGUAUCGGUACGCACGAAGAAUCGUUUCGAUGAAACAAAAGAGAGUGUCGUCUCAAGGCUUGGUGAAGGUGAAUACUUUGGCGAGUUAGCGCUAUCCCAGGUUGACGGUCUUCGUCGUGCCACUGUGGUUUGCACCGAAUUCUGCGAACUGCUUAUUCUAGGCCGUGAUGAGUACGAGCCGUUAAUUAAGAAGUACCAAAACGAAUAUCACGCCCGGUACACCCAGAUGCUGCGAAAGAAUCCCUACUUCAUUGGGCCCGAGUGGGAUGACAAUACCAUUGAAGGCAUGUGCUCCGUUAUGACAGAAAAGUAUAUCCCGUUUCAAGGCGAAAUCUGCAAGCAAGUAAGAUUAUUAGGAUCACGAGCUAGCGAGCUCUUUAUUGUAACGAGAGGCGAGUGUCAAAUCAUCCAUGAAGGAAAAGACCCUAUCACAAAUGCGCGUCAAAUGUACGAGCUGGGAAGAUAUGGACCCAACUCCGUUUUGGGCUGUGCGGAGUAA